AUGGCCUCGCGCAAUAAGAUUCGCGAAAACUCCAGGAGUUGCGAGAACUGCCGGGCUAUGAAGCGCCGCUGCGAUAAGAAGCUUCCCCAUUGUGGACAGUGCAUUCGUACGCGCGCUAAAUGCCUUGGGUACCGGGAUGAAUGGGCACUCAUCUUCCGCGACCAGACCGAACGUACCAUAAAACGGGUCAAGGAGAAAAAUGCGAAGAGGGCGGCCUCAACUGAGGCUGAUCACUCGGCUCUAUUCGCCCGCGACCGGAACGCCAGUGCCGAUCAGAGUAACGUCAACAAUUUCCUCAAGCGCCAAUACUUCAAUCGGCCACAGCCGUUAGCCCUAUCGCAGACCUCCAGCCUGCUCCAGACUGUCAAUUCAGGCCCAAUGAUGCGCGACCAGAUAUUUUCAUUCUAUUUGAGCGACUACUUUCCUCGAAAGAUGGAACGGACGGGUAAUAUUGAUAUGUCGCAAUUUAUUAUCUCAGGCAUCUGCGCACUCCCUCAGAAGAGCCCGAUGUUAGAGAAGGCCUGUUCCGCAUUAUCAUGCGUUUUCCUAGGCAAGAUUCAUCAUCAUCAACAGAUAUUACAGCAUGGGCUUCGGCUAUACAACCAAGCAAUUCGGCAUCUGGCAUAUGCAAUUAGCCACAAUGCUUAUACUGAUGAUAUUGUGUGUACUUGCGUCAUUUUCCAGCAAAUUCAGAUUCACCAUUGUCCACAUAGCACCGGUGAAUGGCUCGCUCAUAUAGAUGGACUGAGCGCAAUUAUGAGAUACUAUAGCUCGAAAACGCUUACAACUCCGCUACUGGCUGCUAUCUUUGGCCAACACCAGAAAUUUAAAGUGGUGCUCACAGGUUUUAUGUUUCUAUCCGAGGAGACAAUAGCGUGGCUCAAGGAACCCAAUGAAGGUGGACUUUGGUUUGAGUACAUCGGGCUUCUUACAGAGAUAUCGCGAAUUACUGCGGCUAUUAACCCUACCGGCUCAAAUCGCGAUACAUUCCAAUCUCUGUUAAACGAUUGCUUGGCACUUGAAAAGAACCACAUGGAUUUCUGGUCGCAAAUUGAUCAAAAUAUUGACGGAGAGCCUCCGACAUACGGCCGCGGUGAGUUGAAGACAGGAAUAACAGCUACAGAUGAUUUAUUCGGUCCGGCCUAUCGCUUCUCCUCCAUCGAUGAUGCCGUCCUACACACUCUCCUUUGGCUCUCGUUGUCCUUUGUCUAUCCUCUAAUUCGCCAAUGCCAGACUCUUGCUGUGGCCGGUAUGCCCAAUAGUUUCCUAAUUGGUGACAUUGAAGACGAGGCACAUCGUCUUGAGACAUUAUAUGUCACCAAGGCCAUUAGAUGUCUUCCAUACUGUGGGCAAGAGGGCAUGAAUUCAUGGGGCAUCUUUUAUGGGGUGCUUGUUGCAACUCAGGCCUCACGGAUAUACACUCACUCCAAAGAUUGGGAGCGGUUUCUUUGGGCCCAAGAUGUUUUCAUCUCUUUGGAGCGCGCAGGCUUCGACUAUGCUGCUCGAUUUCGUGACAUCUGGUGGAACUAUUGGUUUGAAAGCCACCAACAUAAUACCUACAGAGUUUUGGAUUACAGAAAGUGGAAUAAUGAGCAUAAAGCGUCUCUCCAUGACGUGACGGAAGGCAACAUGUCAAAUGCUGCCAUGUACCACGGCAUCUAA